GCAGGGGCUUCCGGUGGGCUUGGGUCCGGGAGCAGCGGGGUCCCCUCGCGUGUUCCGAUCCCACAGCAGCCCGGCCGAGAGCUGUGAAUUCCGUUGUCGCCGUCUGGGGCAUUCGCCCCGGCUCGGACCGGCGCCGCCCCCGAUCUCGAGGGACUCCCUGACAGCGCUGGGCAUGGAAGUUGGAGACAGCAGCGACGUGCUUCCAGCCCGCCGGGCGGGCGAAGCGGAGGUGGAGGGUCCCAGGAAGGAUGAUGCUGUUCUUUUGGCUGAUGAAAAAUUCGACUUCGAUCUUUCACUGUCUUCUCUAAGUGCAAAUGACGACGAGGAUGACGAGGUCUUCUUCGGACCUGUCGGGCACCGAGAGAGGUGUGUCGCUGCCAGGUUGGAACGAGCCGAUCCAAGUCCCGAAGCCAGUCACGUCCACUGGAGCCCCCUCACCGGGGAGAAGUUCGUGGAGGUUUACAAGGAAGCGCACCUCCUGGCCUUCCAGAUAGCAAGCAGCAGCAGGGACCAGGCGGCCGGGCCUGGAGACUCGGAAUGCCAGGGAGGGGAGAGGUUCAUACAGGACUCAAAGCUCAAAAUGAGCCUGUUCGAGAAAGAAAAUAAAAGCAAGAAAAGCCCCAACUCACUUAAAAGGGAGACAUACUGCCUGUCGGACAGCCCCUUGAGCUGGCUGCAGCUGUCGGGCGUCCAGCCCGACUCAGGUGUGGCUCCCCAGAAUAUCACGGCCCAGGCCCACCUCACCCGGACGUGGGGGCCCCCGCUCCCUUCCCGUCCCUCUCUGCCCCUGGAAUCCAGUCCCGUCGGCCCUCCGAACCAGGCAGUGACUCAGAAAAAGGUUGUCAGCAAACUGCCACCGCCCCGAGCGUCUGUCAGAGGAAAAAGUGUGCACUUGGCCGUGGAGAAGGAGACACCAGCAAGUCCUUCUGGGGCGGAAGCCCUGGCCGAGAAGGAGCCGCAGAGGGACAGGCCCCCUGACUCGCCCAGCGCUGCCCAGGAUGUCACCAGCGUGCCAGCCCACGGAGGCCACCUGGGCCCAGGCAAACGACUGUUCCCCGUGCCCAGCAAGACGGUCCUGAAGAGAACCGCGCCGAAGCCCCCUGGUGGUGUGGCUAGUCUGGCGGGAAGGCCCAGUGCCCCCGGGGGCUUUUCGGGCCGCAGCUCCAGAGCACGUGCGCCCCCUGUGGCGAGCACAGGUAAAUCAGGUGAACGUCCGAGGGUUUCUACAGAAGGUUCCCGGCCUCCCUCGGACCCCGGCCAGCCAGGCCCAGCAGGAGCUGCCGAGGCCCAGGCACGCCCUGUGGCCGUGUGUGGGCAGAGCCGGUGCCCCGGGCGGGCUGAGGUGACCCCUAAGCGUCCUGCUGCACCCACCACGUCGGCUCUGCCCCAGCCCUGGACGCCAGAGCCCAGAGGUGCGAGGCUGAGCUCUCAGCCCCGUCUGCCCUGCUCUGGUCAGCGGAGUGCGGUCCGGGGCGCCAGGCGGGAGUCCUUGCUGCACUCCGGGACAAAGGUCGUGCCUGCGAGUCCGUUUAAAGUCCCUAAGUUUCCUGCCGGUGGACCCCCAGACUGCCCGACACCCCGGCUGUCCCGGGCACCGAGGCCGCAGUCCUGCACAUCAUCGGGGAGGGCUGUCCUCGGCACUCCGGCGCGGCGUGCCUCGGGGCCGGUCUCCCGGACCCCGGUGAGUACGCGGCACGUGCCCACCCUGCUCACACCUGCGGGCCGCCGGCUCUCAGGCCUUCCCGUGCUGACCCCAAGAACCCAGCCCAGGACUCUGGCUUCUCCCCAGCGAGGGGCUGCUCGCCGACUAUCUUCUGAGCCCCGGCAAAGACCUGCGGUGAGGCCUGCGCCGGGGAGUGGGUGUUCAGACGAGUCCUCCGACGGGAGCUCUUCUCCUCUGGUGGCUGUGCCGCAGGCUCUCCACUUCUCUCCAGAAAAGAGCAACUCCCCCGCCCCUGCCAGCCUCACCACAGCACACGCGGCAGGAGAGGCACAGCCCCCUGUGGAGACGGCGCCGGCCGAGGUUCUGCUGGUGGACAUCCCGCUGGAGCAGCUCCGCAUCGCCCCGGCCGCGCGGAGCUCCCCGCCUGCCGACGUCGCUCUCAUCGACUUCUGCAGCCCGCCAGGGGCCUGCGGGCCUCUGAUCGACCUCCUGGUCAACACUCCGGAUGCAGAGAGGAGCGCCGUGGCCAAGCUGCUCCCCAACAUGGGACAGCUGGCAGACCUGUGCGCCCCCCUGAUCCAGCUGAGCCCCGAGGCCAACAAGGAAAACGUGGACUCCCCACUUCUCAAGUUCUGAGUGCGGCGAGAGCCUGGCCUGCCACACUCUGUCACAAGGACAGUCCGUCCUCAGUUGGUCUUCGGCCCUUAGAGAUGAAUUUUAGGAGGGACUGUGUUGGAAACACCCAAGUGGAACUGCUGUGCUUGGUGGGGAGGGUGCGGGAGUGCGGCGAGUUGGUGCCGUCCGGCAGCUGCGGUCCUCACUGCCCCUCCCUGCGCCGGACGGGAAUCAGAAGCCCCCCAAAUGGAGUGGUUUUGAAUGUGUUUUUAUGUAAAAUAGCAAGUCACCAUUUUAAAAACCAGGUUUAUAUGAAAAGAUAAACAUUCUAGAUUUAAGUUAAGUUGUAAAGUAAAUGAAAAUAUAUUAAAGUGUAUCUUGAACCCUGGCUGGUGUAGCUCAGUGAAUUGAGCUCGAGCCUGCAAACCAAAGGGUUGCGGUUUGAUUCCCCGUCAGGGCACAUGCCUGGGUUGCAGGCCAGUUCCCAGCAGGGGGCGCACGAGAAGCAACCCUACAUUGACAUUUCUCUCCCUCUCUCCUUCCCUUUCCCUCUAAAGGUAAAUAAAUAGAAAUCUUCAAAAGAAAUACCUAAAAAAUAAAUGAAUAAAGUGUAUCUUGGUUUUCACGUA